UUUUGAAAAAGGAGAAAUGCCUCAAGAGGAUCAUCUUGGAGGGGAGUGGGCCCACAGUACCCUCAACCGGGCACAGAGAAUGGGACAAGAUGUCCUCCAGCGAACGUCCAUGAGAAAAAUAGAAUGGCCAUCACAGAAACAGAACCAGAAAAAUCCGGUUGAGGAUCCAUUGGUGUAUACCACAGUGGAUGAUGCGUUUGCCUCCGUACUACAGUUUAUGUCACAGACUACCAGGCAGUGUCAGAGGUAUUACAAGAGUAACGAGGACAACAUUCGGAAUCAGUGUGAUGGUGUCCAUUGUAGCCGCUUCCAUACCCCAGCUUACACAGAGAUCCAACACAAAAACCCACUACAGAGGACGGAGGACGUCCAUGUUGUUGUCCAUCCAGGGACAUACGCCGUUACAGCAGGAUCGUGGGGGACACAACAACAGCAGACUCACAUGGUCAACGUAAACCAGGGCCAGGCGGUCAGUCUCGACUUCUGUAUGUGAGACGGUCAGUUUCAACUUCUGUAUGUUACAGACGGUCAGUCUCAACUUCUGUAUGUGAGAUGGUCAGUCUCGACUUCUGUAUGUUACAGACGGUCAGUCUCGACUUCUGUAUGAGAGACGGUCAGUCUCGAAUUCUCUAUGUGAUAUGUAAUAGUUCUGUGGUCAACUGGAUGUGACACAGUUGAGUGGUCAGCUAGAUGUGACAAAUGGAUAUAAGUGGUCAAGAUUAUAUAUGAACAGAGGACAGUGACCACUCCGCCAUUUUAUCAUUGGACUGAAUGGACAGGACUUAUAUUCUCACUGGUAACUUGCAAUUUGAUAGGAAAACAUUCAGUUGUGAUGUGCAAUGUGUUGUGUAUGAGGCAGAGUAAUAUAUGUAGUGCUGAUUCAGCCAGAAUCAUGACCAGUUUUUAUGUGAGGGAGUGGCUUGCAAUAAUUAUAUGUAAAAUUAUUUAUUUCUAUUUCAACACAAGUAAGUAAUUAUGUUGUGUGGUUGAUGAAAUGUCGCUUAAUUGUGAUAACCGGAAUUUUUGGACAUUUUGUAAUUUGUGAAGUACUAUUUGGAUUAAAAAGGAGGUAUUAUCUGCAGUACAUUUAUUGGUGAAGAAAUGUGUGAUACUGUGAAUGUGAGAGAAUAAACGUGAGUGAGAAUGCGAGUGUGUGAGGAUAAACGUGUGUGAGAAUGCGAGUGUGUAAGGAUAAACGUGAGUGAGAAUGUGAGUGUGUGAGGACGUGUGUGUGUGAGUUUGUGAGUGUGUGAGG